GUUAUUUUAAAAACGUCGGUACAGCGAACGGAAACCCAAUUUCAUAUGCCGUUAUUGCGGAAGUGGCGUUACACAAGUUUUAGUUUAAAAGUGCUGUGAAGUGCUAAAUAUAAUUAAAUGAUACUGUUAUACGCUUUUGAAUUAUCAAAUUAAUAGCAAAGAAUACAUCUAAGAAUUUUUUAAAUUACUGUGUUAUGCAAUAUGUGCAAUUAAAUUUAUUGGCAGCAAAUAAUAGCUAACUUAGGGCUUUUCUUGUGGAGCGUUCUGGCGAAGCAAUGUCGGUUCAACAUCCUUCCGCUGCAAUGUUAGCCAACGGCAAAAACACACAAAACAAAGCCAUGGAUUCUGUUUUAGACGUUGUAUUUGUGGUUCAAGAUUUUGAGGCUAAGACCGCCGAUGCAGUCAGCGUGUCACGUGGCGAUUUGGUUGAACUUAUAAAUGCUGGUAGCUCUGGAGACUCCAGAUGCUUCGUACGAAUUUUCGAAAACGGUUCAAAACAAAAAGAAGGAUGGGUACCAGCGGAAAUAUUGGAGUUUAAUUCAACUUCUUUUCCGAAUGGCAAAGAUAAUGAAAAUCCAGAAUUUAAAAGAGCAACGAUCCUCAGAGAGCUGAUCGAAACUGAGGAGGAAUUUUCGAGAGACUUACAAUAUGUUGUAGAUAAAUAUGUAAAGACUAUCGAUAGGCCGAUAGUUCCGAGAUCAUUGCGAGAUAACAAAGACGUCAUCUUCUGCAAUUUUCUACAAAUUGCGGAAUUUCACAACAUGGUACUCAAGGAAGGUUUAAAAUGUUAUAGCGGUCAGCCUAACAUGGUAGCUAAAACUUUCCUACGCCUGGAACGUGAUUUCGAUAAGCAUGUGAAAUAUUGUCAAAACGAGCCAAUAGCCCAGGAUUUUCUAAAUUCAAGUUUUGAAGUUCAAAAUUAUUUUCAGGAACUGUCAAAGAAUCUUGGUGACGAAAAAUCAUUAUCUGAACAUCUUAAACUGCCAAUUCAGCGAAUAAACGAUUAUCAACUGUUAUUCAAGGACUUGCUUAAAUACUCACAAAGCCUAAAAGAAAAUGUUAGAGAUUUGGAAAAGGCCUUAGAGCUAAUGCUUAGUGUACCAAGUAGAGCAUAUGACAACAGAUUUAUUUCUAGUAUUGAGGGAUAUCGAGGUAACAUUUAUAAAUUGGGCAGACUCUUGCUACACGAGUGGUGUACUUUAGAAGAUAAAGAUGGGAAGACGCAUGACCGAUAUUGUUUUUUGUUUAAAUCCAGAAUUUUAAUAACAAAGGUUCGAAAAAUAUCAGAAAACCGUUCGGUAUUUGUUCUGCAACAUAUUGUAAAGCUUCCAUUAUGCGAUAUUGCCGAAAAGACGACCGAGAAACAAGUGUAUAUAACACCAAAAGCGCAAAAUGACAAUGUGAACCUCCCCAUUGGCAUUAAGCCCCAUAGUGAGCAGUCCUUUAGCACCUGGUAUAAAGAAAUUUGUUCACACAUUGGUCAGGAAGUUACAUUGCAAGAGCACAACGCAGAUGACCUAAAACUAGACUCCACGCAAGUAGUUGCCGAAAACGAGCUUCUCUUACACCUUCCACAAAAAGCUGAAGCGCAUGAUCCCAACCCAAACAUACGUCCAUCUGAUGUAGCCGAGAACUACUUCUUAAGCAAAGAAACAAAGGAACGGCUUCAAUUGGAGCAGCAGGAGCUGCUUAAAUUCGAGCAGGACGCUAUUGAAUUGUAUAAGAAGCAACAAGGCGAAAAAGUUAAUGUAAGGCCGGUCAUUGUAAAGAAUGACCCAACUAUAUCGCCUCCCAAGAGCGCACCAGACGAGCAAAACGAAUUGAAGGGCUCAAUUACGAGAAUUGUUAAUGAACCGAAGAUUGUACAAAUAGAUGAGAUUUCACAAGAGAAAGAACUCGGACUAGCGGAAGACGUUGGUACAAGUAUAAGGGCGAGCUCCACUUCGGCCACAUGUGAAAUAGGAAGCUCGCUAAAAAUGGAAGAAUAUAGAGAAUCUGAAAUGAAGUCAGUUGUGACCAGCAGCUCUGAAAUGGUAACUGAGAAAUCGGUUGAGAUAAGCAAUAUACAGGAACAUGCAGUGUCCGAGAUUUCAAAAGAAGUAUACGAAGAAUCGGCGAGUACAAGGUCGAGAGAUUAUGACAGAGGCUCCUCGUAUGACAGCACUGUAGACACACAACAUUAUGGCGUAAGCUCAAGGCGUGAACGUACCAGUGCCUUGGAUCGUAUCGAGGCGCGUUCCUCUUUACUGGCCACCGGCCGUACCGAAAGCCGUGCUGAGAGCCGUGCAGAAAGCCGCGCUGAGAGUCGUGCCUCCUAUUCUCGGGCAGAGUCGCGAACUGGCGCUCGUUCAUCAUCUCGAGCCGUGGAAGAUCAACCACUGCGCUCUGUUGACAAGCCCGUAGUAGUUAAGAUGCUAAAGAGUGUUCAAGUAGAACCUGGAGAAACUGCUCAUUUUGAAAUUCAAUUUAAGGAGAAACCCGGCUUAGUUACGUGGUUGAAAGAUAAUAAGCCAUUGGAAGAUCGUUUAGCUGACAGAAUUAUUCAAACCGAAGCUACAAUGAAUUCAUUCCGAUUGGAUAUAAAGAAUUGCAGUGAAACCGAUGACGGAACGUAUACGGUUCGCGCACAAUCCGCUACGGAGACUACAACCUGCUCAGCUCAACUUGCUGUUGGCCAAGCUCCUGGCCAUGACGAAACGAAAACGAAUGUUCCACCAGCAUUCCUAGUUAGCUUAAAAGAUGCGGAAAUGAUUGAAAGUACGCAUUUCCGUUUUAUGAUUAAGAUCAAAGGUGAUCCGAAACCCCGAGUGAAAUUCUACAAAGACGAAGUGGAAAUUUUGGAAAUCAAUGACCGAAUUCAAAUCAUCAGGGAUAAAGAUUAUUUGGGAUUUUAUGAAUUGGUCAUUACUGAAGUUCGAAAGGAAGAUGCUGGAACUUAUUCCUGCAAGGCUAUAAACAAACAUGGCGAAGCCAGCUGUGAAGCCACAGCAACAACUGUAGAGGACAAGAACCCAUUCGGAGCGCUGAGUGGUCAAAUUUUGCCAGCUGGAGAGAAACCGGUCUUUUCAUGGAAAAGAAAUGGAGAAGAAUUUGACCCUGAGGAAAGAUUUAAAGUUCUUUUUGGAGAAGAUGAGGACUCGCUAGCUCUGGUCUUCCAACACGUGAAGCCUGAAGAUGCAGGAAUAUAUACGUGUGUUGCACAAACAUCGACUGGAAAUAUAUCUUGCAGUGCAGAGUUAUCUGUUCAGGGUGCUAUCCAGACGCUAUACAGAGAGCCUGAGAAGCCGACUUUAAUAAUAGAGCACCGUGAAGCCAACGCCAGUAUUGGUGGAUCUGCAAUACUGGAGCUUCAGUGCAAAGGUUUCCCCAAGCCCGCUGUGCUUGUUAAACAUGAAGGUGAAGUCAUUCAAGCGGAUGAUAGGCACAAAUUUAUGUACGAGGACGAAGAAAGUAUGUCUCUUGUCAUUAAGAAUAUAACUACAGAAGAUGCGGGCGAAUAUACUAUUGAAGCUUCUAAUGAACUAGGACAAGAUCAGUCUUCGAUUCAUUUGGUUGUAAAAGCACCACCGAAAAUAAAAAAAGUGACCGACAUUACGUGCUCAGCUGGAGAAAAAGUUAAAAUUGAAAUUGAGGUCGAAGGGUACCCCCAACCUUCAGUUAACGUCACGAAUAACGGCAAAGAUAUCAAGAGCGAGACGAAUGUGAAAAUUACGUCUACAGAAAUCGGCAAAAGUGUGGUGAAAGUGGUUUUAGAAAUCACAGAUAUAAAACUGUCCCAAUCAGGCAGCUACUCUAUUCGCGCAACAAAUGACCUCAGCCAAACAUCUGAGUAUUGGAAUGUUACUGUUAAGUCCAAGCCCGUAAUCGUGACCCAUUUCGAAAGUGAAUAUGUUCACGGCGAAAAGGAAACCGUCAAAAUGUCAGUACGGGUGGAUGCAUACCCCGAAGCCAAACUGAUUUGGUAUCAAGAUGGUAAUGAAAUCAAUUUGAAUGACAAGAAAUACAGUGUCAGCACUGAUGGAAAUUCCUACACCCUGAAAAUUAAUGGCGCCACUCGGGUUGAUGGCGGCAAAUACUCGGUAAAGGCGGUUAAUGAGCACGGAUCGGCCACAAGCGAGACAAAUCUGCUCAUCAAAUGUACUCCAGAAUUCACAAGGAAGUUACAAAACAUAACUGUCAAGGAAGGUGAAUCUAAUGUGGAGCUGGUGGUAGGAGUUGAUGCUUACCCCCGACCUCAUAUUAAAUGGUUUAUUGACGGAAUUGAAAUUGAUGAGAAAAGAAACGAUUUCCGCCGUGUGGAAGAGGGCAAGGACUUCAAACUGAUUCUUAAGGAGGUGGCAACGAAUAUGCAAGGCACCUAUAGCUGUCAAAUAAUGAAUGAUUAUGGAAAACUGGAGGACAAUUGUGUAGUCACUGUUAACUGCAAGCCAAAAAUAAGAAGGACUCUCAAGGACGUUGAAGUUAAAGAGGGAAAUUCACUUACACUGGAAGUCGAGGUUUAUAGUGAGCCUGAGGCAAAUGUCAAAUGGUUUAAGGAUGGCCAUGAAAUACACGCGGAUGCUCGGAUCAAAAUUUCGCGCGAUUCGCAGCGGAUCGAAAAUUAUUACCUUACAUUAAAUCUAGCCAAAACGGAGGAUGCCGGAACAUAUGAAGUAAAGGCGGCGAACUUUAUUGGAGAGACAACAUCAACUUGCAAGGUGGCAGUUUUAACAAACGAUACUUUAUCAGUGGAGCAAAUCGUAACAAAAACAAUGAUUGCUACGACAGAACAACCUGACGAAGGGGCCGUGCCUGAAAUUUUGCACGUCGAUGUUUUCCAAAUGCACAGUUUCGAGUCGCUUCCACUGAAAUAUGAAGUUAUUGCCAAGGGUAUACCAAAGCCUGAAGCUAUUUGGUACCACGAUGGAAAACCAGUAUCACCCGAUAAGCAUAAUUUGAUUACAGUCGAUGGAGACCAUUACAAGCUGGAGAUAAAAUCUCUGGAACUGAAAGAUGCUGGCGACUACAAAGUAGUACUACAGAAUAAGUGUGGGGAGAAAGCACAUCAAGGAACUCUUUCACUAUCGGGCGUCGCCGAGUAUCGUAAGCCUUUGUUAACAUCAGGAACUGGAUUGCGCGAUAUUAAAGUAAAUAAAGGAGAUAACGUCGCUGAGCCAAUUGUGUUCACAGCAGAUCCCGCUCCCGAGCUAAUUUGGCUCAAGGAUGGCCAGCCUAUUAAGGAAAGUGAGGCCCUGAAACUGAAGGUUGAAACCAAGGAACUCGACCAUGGCUUGAAGCUAUAUACCUGUACAUUGAACAUAUUGAAAGCUGACAUCAAGGACUCAGGUCGAUAUGAACUAAAGGUGAAAAAUAAAUUUGGCGAAUUGACGACUAAUGGGUGGAUAGAUGUACUCUGUAAGCCCGAAAUAUCAGGUCUGGAGGAUCUCAAAUGCCUGCCAGGUGACUCUAUUUGUUUCGAAGCUCUGGUGCUUGCGAAUCCAAAACCGAAGGUCUCUUGGACUAGAGGAAACGAGAACCUCUGUAACAAUGAGAACUGUGAAGUUAUCGCAGACGUUGAUAGCGACAAGUACAGAUUGGUGUUCCAAUCCGUGUCCCCCGGCGAAGAUGGAAAAUACACCAUUACAGCCGUCAACAGCGAAGGAAGGACCACAAAGGACUUUAAUUUACACGUGCUUGUCGAAAAACCCACGUUUAUAGUUCCACCGGAAGACCAAAGUAUUCACGACUAUAAGCCUUCUAUUACAAAGGUCUUAGUUCAUGGAGUACCGCUGCCAACAAUUGAAUGGCUUAAGAAUGAUAAGCCAAUUGAUUUAGCCUCUCAGGGAAAACUUUACACUGUGGAGACAACUAAGAAAGCCUCUGAUCAAGUUGAAAGUCAGUUUGAAAUCAAGCAUUUUAGACCGAAUGAUGCUGGUUCAUACACGUGCGUGGCAAAGAACGACACUGGAGUUACAAAAGGUCCAUUCAAAUUGGCUCUCCAGUCCCUGGCUCCCAGUUUUGUUAAGAAACUCGACAAUGCCCUUGAGGUAUUGCAGGGCGAACCCUUAAUACUGGAGUGCACCGUCGACGGCAGUCCAAUCCCAACUGUCCAAUGGGUGAAGGAUGGUGACGAAGUAGUCCCCAGCGAAAGGGUGAAAAUUUCGGCAACCCCAGAGGGAUUAGUGAAAUUGGAAAUAAAGGAGUGCGAACCAAAUGAUUCGGGGGCCUACAAAUUGAUUUUAUCUAAUCCACAUGGCGAAAAGGUGGCUCUGUGUGCUGUGGCUGUGAAACCUGAGGCAAUGGAGCCCAAGUUUUUGAAACCCUUUGAGAAUCAAGCCGUCACUAUUGGAGAGCCAUUGAAAUUGGAAGCUCAUGUCUCUGGAUUCCCAGCUCCUGAAAUAAAAUGGUACAAAGACGGUUUACUAUUGCGACCCAGUCCCGAAGUUAAUUUCAUUAACAAUCCGAAUGGACAAAUUGGUUUAAGUAUUGAUGCCGUUCAGCCCCAUGAUGCUGGCAUUUAUAAGUGUGUAAUCGUAAACCGAGAAGGAGAAGUGGAGGCCGUUUCUAAAGUUGAAGUAUUGCCAAAGGAAGCUAAACCAACAUUUGUGGCUGAGCUUCAAGAUGCAUCCAGCGUGGAGGGCUUCCCAGUUAAGAUGGAUAUAAAGGUUGUUGGCAAUCCGAAACCAAAACUACAAUGGUUCCACAAUGGCCAUGAAAUAUUGCCAGACAAUAAACACUUCGCUGUGGUUGAGAACCCUGACCAUAGUACCAGUCUAAUUGUAGAAAAGACUACACCAGCUGAUUCUGGGCUCUAUGAGGUUAUUGCCACCAAUCCUGAGGGGUCCACUGCCUCAAAAGCGAAACUAUACAUUGCUCCCAAAGCUGAUGAAACCUCUACUGAAGAACAACCUCAAUUUGUCUCAGCACUGCGAGACGUAAACGCUGACGAGGGUCAGGAGCUAAAACUAUCUGCACCUUUCAUUGCAAACCCAAUGCCCGAAGUAAUAUGGUCGAAAGAUGGAGAGCCACUGGCUCCAAAUGAAAGAUUGCUUAUGACUUGCGAUGGGAAACAUGUUGGUUUAAGUAUAAAACCAGCGGAAACUGCUGAUUCAGGCACUUAUAGCUGUCUGCUGGCCAAUCCCCUUGGAGAAGACUCGUCCACUUGCAAUGCAAAUGUUAGAAAAGUCUACAAGCCCCCUAUUUUCACUCAGAAAAUAUCAGAUCAGCAGCAGGCUUUCGGUAAUAAUGCCAAAAUUCCAGUUACCGUUUCUGGAGUUCCCUAUCCAGAACUCCAAUGGUUCUUCCAAGAUAAGCCCAUUGGCGAAUCUGCUAAAUACAAUUUCAAGAACGAUGGAGAUCAUCACAUCCUAACUGUAAAUAACUGCGAAAAGACAGACCAUGGUGUAUACAAAUGCAUUGCAAGUAAUAGGGAAGGCAAAGACAUAACUCAAGGACGCCUAGAUAUUGUUAAUGAAGUAAAGAAACAUACACGCUCAGAGCCACCAGUUUUUCUUAAGAGAAUCGGAGAUUGCGAUGUCUAUGGAGGCAUGGCUGCUAAGUUCACAGCAUGCGCCACAGGCUACCCCGAACCGGAAGUGGAGUGGUUUAAAAAUGAUCAAAAACUUUUCCCAUCCGAUCGCUUCGUAAUCGAAGUGGAACCAAAUGGCCUUUUGCGCCUAACUAUCAAAGAUGUUACGGAAUAUGAUGUGGGCCGCUACUCUUGCCGCAUUUACAAUCCCUAUGGCGACGAUAUAUGCCAUGCUGAAUUAUUCUACGACUCAUUGGAUUCCCAGCACCGACCUCUGGGCGAUCAAUACACCGACUUCAAAAAGUAUAAAAAAACUGGAGCCCCACCACCACUCUCGGAAGGCCCUAUUAUAUCCCGGAUGACAGACCGCCAGUUACUUUUAUCUUGGAAACCAUCCGUACCAUUGACUCCUCGCUACCCAGUGACAUAUCAGAUUGAAAUGAUGGAUCUUCCCGAGGGUGACUGGCGCACCAUCAGAACUGGAGUUCGCAGUUGCGCUUGUGACAUUAGAGACCUGGAGCCGUUUAGAGAUUAUCGACUAAGAGUUCGCGUCGAAAACAAAUUUGGAGUAAGCGAUCCCAGUCCAUAUACCCAAACAUACAGGCAAAAACUUGUGCCAGAGCCUACCAAAACCUACACUUAUUUGCCGCCUGGUGCAGAUUUCAGACCAGAAACGUCACCUUACUUCCCGAAAGACUUCGAUAUAGAGCGUCCCCCACACGACGGACUCGCUCAGGCACCACAGUUCUUGCUGCGAGAGAAUGAGAUCAGCUUUGGUGUCAAAGGUCACAAUACGGAACUGAUGUGGUUCGUGUACGGAUACCCGAAACCAAAGAUGACGUAUUACUUCAAUGAUAUGUUGAUCGAAUCUGGCGGCAGAUUCGAUCACAGCUACACUCGUAAUGGCCAAGCUACUCUAUUCAUUAAUAAAAUGCUUGAUCGCGAUGUAGGAUGGUAUGAGGCAGUUGCCACAAACGAGCAUGGAGAGGCCCGGCAACGAGUCAGACUGGAAAUUGCUGAACACCCACGAUUCAUAAAACGUCCGGACGAAACAUUUAUAAUGGCCCGCAAAAAUGGAAGGAUCGAGGCACGCAUUAUUGGCAUACCAUUGCCUGAAGUACGUUGGUAUAAGGAUUGGCAGCCACUGGCUGAGACUACGCGUGUAAAGAUAAACUCGUUUGAGCCCGAUAUCUACGUGCUUUCCAUUCACGAUUCUAUAAUAAAAGAUGGAGGAUUGUACUCGAUCAGUGCUCGAAAUAUUGCUGGAUCUAUUAGCACCUCCGUUACCGUGCACAUUGAAGAGAACGAGGACCAAUAUAUAUACAAGACAUACGGCAGACACCCAUACGUGCGAUCCAAGCAAUUGAGAUAUGAGGACAAAUAUGAUAUUGGAGACGAGCUUGGUCGUGGCACCCAAGGCAUCACGUAUCACGCAGUGGAACGUGCUACUGGAGAUAACUACGCUGCGAAGAUAAUGUACGGAAGACCGGAGCUCCGGCCAUUCAUGUUAAAUGAACUGGAGAUGAUGAACAUGUUUAACCACAAGAAUCUAAUUCGUCCAUACGACGCAUACGACACUGAUCGCAGUGUUACGCUUAUUAUGGAGCUUGCUGCUGGUGGAGAGCUCAUUAAGGAUAAUUUACUUAAGCGAGACUACUAUACGGAACGGGAUAUUGCUCAUUACAUCAGACAAACACUAUGGGGACUUGAGCAUAUGCACGAAUUGGGAGUUGGCCACAUGGGUCUGACGAUUAAAGAUAUUUUAAUUUCUAUUGUGGGCGGUGAUCUUAUUAAAGUUUCCGACUUCGGCCUGGCAAGGAAAAUAAAUAAACACAAUCUUUCAACCUUGGACUACGGAAUGCCCGAGUUCGUUUCGCCUGAAGUUGUAAACAAGGAAGGUGUUAGCUUCUCGCACGACAUGUGGUCUGUUGGCUUAAUCACAUAUGUUUUGCUUGGCGGCCAUAAUCCCUUCCAAGGUAUCGAUGAUAGAGAAACCUUGACAAAGAUUCGAGAAGGCCACUGGGACUUCAAAGACCAAAUAUGGACGCAUAUUUCGGAGGACGGUCGGGACUUUAUAAGUCGACUACUGCUAUAUAGUCCAGAAGAGCGAAUGGAUGUUAAAACAGCUCUUAAGCAUCCUUGGUUCUUUAUGCUCGACCGUAAAGCAACUGAUGGUGACUACCAAAUAGGAACAGAUCGGUUAAGGAACUACUACGACCACUUUAGGGAUUGGUAUGCCAACGCAUCUUGUAAAAAUUAUUUCCGGAGACGUCGUCUUAGUGGCUGCUUCCAGCACCCAUCGAAAAUGGUAUAUCCUCCAGGACAUGUUUAUACACCAGAAGCAACACCUGAACCUCUACCGGAGCCAAGAAAACGAGCCAAGCGCGAAGAAGUCGUUUCCAAAUUCUUGCACCCUGAUUAUGAGCUAGGCCUCAUUCAAUCUGAAAGCCACUACCAGUACGGACCUGAUACAUAUUUGCUACAACUGCGCGAUGUGAACUUCCCAGUGAGGUUGCGUGAAUACAUGAAAGUAGCGCACAGACGAUCCCCGUCAUUUGCUCUAAAUGAUUCGGUGGAUUGGUCGCUUCCAGUUAUUCGUGAACGUCGCCGCUUCACCGACAUAAUGGAUGAGGAAAUUGACGAUGAAAGAACAAGGAGCCGUAUCAGCACGUAUGCUGCAAACGAUUCAUAUUCAAUAAGACGUCUACGUACAGAGCUGGGACCGCGUCUAGACGAGUAUACCGAAGCUGACGCAAUGAUUGAAACCCAACGUGAAGGAUAUCCACCAUUCUUUAGGGAGAAACCACAGACCAUAGCCAUAACUGAGAACCAGCCAGCCCAUAUUCAUUGUUUCGCUGUUGGUGAUCCCAAGCCAUGCGUGCAGUGGUUCAAGAAUGAUAUGGUACUCUCUGAAAGCAAAAGAAUUAAGAUAUCCUCCGACGAAGACGGACGCUCCAUUUUGCGUUUUGAGCCCGCCGUACACUUUGAUGUUGGUGUCUAUAAGGCAGUAGCCAGAAACAAAGUUGGCCAAACUGUGACGCGGUGUCGCAUUGUAGUUGCCACACUUCCCGAUGCACCCGAUUCUCCUGAAAUAUCGGCCAGUAGUGGCACUGAAAUUCUUCUCAGAUGGAAGCAGCCGCGUGAUGACGGACACUCUCCAGUUUUAUGCUACAGCUUGCAGUAUAAGCUGCACAAUUGUGAUGCUUGGACUACAGUUGCAGACAAUAUUGACCACGAAUUCUAUUUGUUGCACGAACUACAACCCAACACUAACUAUCAGUUUAGACUAGCGUCUAGAAACCGCAUAGGCUGGAGUGAGAUGGGCAUCCCAGUUAACGCAUCGACUACGGGCCCGGACGCACCCAAAAUUCAUAUUACCAAGGCCAUGAAGCAUUUGCAACAGCUCACAGAAAAUGGUCAAGAAAUCGUACCCGAAGAAGAGCGGGUUCAUACCGACUACCAUUGUGAGAGGGAGCCACCCAACUGGGUAACCGACUCCGCGGUCAGCGAUAAGUACAGCUUUAUUUCGGAGAUCGCUCGUGGCGAGUUUAGCACAAUUGUGAAAGGAAUUCAAAAAUCAACAGAUACUGUAGUUGUUGCGAAAAUAUUUGAGGUCACUGAUGAAAAUGAGGAUGCUGUUGUGGCGGAGUUCGACAGCUUCAAGACAUUAAGACAUGAACGUAUCCCUGCAUUGUUCGCUGCCUAUAAGCCCCUUAAUGUGCCGAUUGCCAUAUUUGUAAUGGAAAAGCUCCAGGGCGCCGACGUGCUAACCUACUUUAGUAGCCGCCAUGAAUACUCCGAGCAAAUGGUGGCGUCCGUAGUAACCCAACUACUAGAUGCUCUACAAUACUUGCACUGGCGUGGAUAUUGCCAUUUGAAUAUACAGCCCGAUAAUGUGGUCAUGGCUUCGGUUCGUUCUAUUCAGAUCAAAUUGGUGGACUUCGGAGCUGCGAAGAAAGUUAACAAAUUAGGUGCCAAAAUAACUCCUUGCGGUCUACUGGACUUCCAGUCACCAGAAAUGGUUAACGAUGAGCCUGUCGUCCCGCAAAGUGACAUUUGGUCGCUGGGUGUACUAACUUAUUUGCUUUUAUCCGGCACUAGUGCAUUCCGCGGAGCUGACGAAUACGAAACGAAACAAAAUAUUUCAUUUGUUCGAUAUAGAUUUGAAAACCUAUUCAAUGAAGUAACCCCGGAAGCAACGCGAUUCAUUAUGCUCUUGUUCAAACGUCAUCCAACUAAGAGACCAUACACUGAGGAUUGCUUGGAACAUAGAUGGCUCAUGUCUUCGGAUUACAUGGUUAGAAAACGCGAGCGUGCUGUCUUUCUUGGUAGUCGUUUGAAGGCUUUCUCCGAUGAAUAUCACGACUUGAAAAACGCAACAUCCACUUCAUCAAAGGCUCUCAACUCUCUAGGCGGUGGUCCUACCCCCAACCAGCUACUUCGAUCAAAUAGCAUUCAAGAGGAGUUACUUACUACAUUUUAGUUUCUUACUCCGAAGUACUCCUGGGAGAAGAUCUACAUAUGUAUGUGUACGAAUGUUGUUAUUUAUUGUUGUAUAUAUAUGAAGCUGGGAAAAUAAAAUAAAAAUUAAUAAAUGUACUAAGAA